AUGCCAAACGGUGAUACAUCAAAAACCGAACAAAAGAUGACUAUUUUUCAAGCGUCUCAAAUGACGGAAUUUUCGCCAGAAACAGACAGUUUUACUGAAUGGAAAGAGCGCUUAGAAAUCCAUUUCACCGACAUUGAUGUGACAUUGGAGCCAUCGAAAAAAGCGACGCUGUUGAAAAGUAUCGGUACACAUGCGUAUUCACUGUUACGAGCACUUUGUGACCCAAAAAGGCCAAGCGAUAAAAAAUAUGACGAACUGUGCACGCUGUUGGAAGAGCAUUUUAUGCCACCGGUAAUGAUUUAUCGGGAACGAUUGAAUUUUUACACCGCAUCGAAAAAUUCAGAUGAAUCAGUCAAUUCAUGGUACGCACGCGUUAAAACAUUAGCACUGAAAUGCAAAUUUGCCAAUUUGGACGAAGCUGUACGUGACCGAUUUAUCAUGGGAAUGGCCAACAACGAGAAAUUGUUUGAGAAAUUUUGCGAAGAGGACGAGAAGCUGACGAUAGCCACGGCAUUGAAGAAGGCGCUCAUACACGAGGUGAAACUCAAGGGUAACUCAAUGUCAACUGAUGUAAACUUUGUCCGAGGCAACAACAGUAGCGGGACUCAACGCAACAGGCGAUCUAACGGACAUCACCAGAAAAGGGAUGCAUGCAAACAUUGUGGCUGGAGGACACACAAAUCACAAACUUGCAAAUUUAGAGACGCUACUUGUGAUAAAUGCGGAAAAAAGGGACAUUUAAAGCCGAUUUGCCGCUCAAAAGAGAAGAAUUUAUCGACAAAUUUUGUUAAUUUAAAUCACACUAUUUCUCAUGUUCAAGAAACUAAUCCUAAUAUUUCGACUUUCGUUAACACAGGUACUCAAGUUGGACCGACAUGUGGUGAUGGAACGGAUUGGUAUUCUAUUUUUAAUAUUUCCGGGAGCCGUAAGUCAAAUACUUUCGAUUUAACUGUGUACAUCAACGGUAUCCAAUUCGAUGUGGAAUGUGACACUGGGUCUCCGAUUUCGUUGAUGCCUUUAACUCAAUACAGGAAGCAUUUUGACACGCGUUGUUUAAAGCAAAACACAGAAAAAUACGAUGACUACGGUGGUCAUGGAAUAGAAAUUAUCGGUGAGUUUUUACCAAACAUAAAAUAUCGAGAUCAAACUGAGGAAGUAGAAAUGGUAGUCACGAAUGUUAAUCGACCAAUUUUAUUAGGGAGAAAUUUUCUUCGGGUUUUCAACUUUGAAUUAAGACAAGUUAACGCGAUUUCAAGUUCGAGCUCAACCGUUUCAAAUCAGAAGAAUUCAGUCAAUCCUGUUCCAAUUCAAAAUUUUGCAUCUAAUUUAGAUAAUACAAAUGUUUAUAAUACAAUUGUUCAAAAAUUAAAAACUACUUUUAGUGAAGUUUUUGAAGAAGGUUUAGGUAAAUUUACCACCGCGAAAGUACAUUUAGAGGUCAUGCCGGGCACGAAACCAAUUUUUUGGAAACCGCGUGCGUUGCCGUUCGCAUGGAAACCAAUUGUUGAACAAAAACUAAAUGAAUUUUGUGAUUCUGGUAUGAUGGAACCAGUCGAUAACGCUGAUUGGGGAACACCGAUUGUGCCAGUGAUGAAACCAAAUGGUGAUUUACGCAUCUGUGGUGAUUUUAGCGUCACUCUUAAUAAAUUUUUGGUAGAUUUCAAAUAUCCAUUGCCCCGUAUCGAGGAGAUUUUCGCUUCGCUGCAGGGAGGACAGUUGUUCAGUAAAUUGGAUCUAUCGAAUGCGUACAAUCAGUUAGAAUUAGACCAUGAAUCCCAAAACCUUUGUACUCUUAGUACACAUUUAGGCUUAUUUAGAGUAAAGCGAUUAGCUUUUGGCAUAAAACCAGCGGGGGCUAUCUUCCAAAAAACCAUUGAAACAUUGUUACGUGGUAUACCUAACUGCAUAAAUUUUAUGGACGAUAUUGUCGUCACUGGGCCAGACACCCAUAGCCAUAGCAGAACAUUAACGAUCGUCUUAGGUAAAUUACAAUCUGUUGGAUUGAGACUGAACCCUAAGAAAUGCAUAUUUUUUAUGGAAGAAAUUUCGUACUUAGGUUUUACCAUUGACAAAAAUGGCCUAAGGAAAAACGACACCAAUAUUAGAAGCGUGCUUCACGCACCAAUACCUACAAAUGUAUCUGAAGUUAAGGCAUUCAUUGGAAUGGUAAAUUUUUACUCCAAAUUUGUUCCAAAUUUUGCACAAAAAAUGGAACCUUUUUAUAAGUUAUUGAGAAAAGACACUAAAUUUCAUUGGAAUGACGCCACGAAUUCUGCAUAUGAAUUGUUAAAAAAGGAGAUAACCGGUGACCAAGUGUUAGUUCAUUUUGACAGAGAAAAACCAGUUAUUUUAACAACAGACGCUUGUGAUACAGCAGUGGCUGGUAUUUUAUCACAUGAGUUUGAAAAUGGUGAGCUCAAACCAGUAGCAUACGUUUCACGUUCAUUAUCUCCAGCAGAACGAAAUUAUAGUACAAUCCAAAAAGAAGCCCUUGCCAUCGUUUUUAGCGUAACUAAAUUAUAUCAAUAUUUGAUAGGCAUUAAUUUCAUUUUGCAAACUGACCAUAAACCAUUAAUUUCAAUAUUCGGAGAGCACAAAGGCAUUCCUUUGAUGGCGGCUGCAAGAAUGCAACGGUGGGCAUUCAUUUUGUCUGGUUUUAAUUUCAAGAUACGUCAUGUUAAGGGUUCAUUGAAUCACGCUGACACUUUAUCACGCAUACCACAGGCAAAUUAUAUUAACUUUAUUAAUUCGAAUAAUCAACUUCAAUUAAGUUUCAAAAAUAUUCAAAUUGAAACACGAAGAGAUAAAGUUUUGUCCAAAUUGAUAGACGCUGUUCAAAGUGGUACAGUGUCGACCUUAACAGGUGAAGAAUUUAUUCCGUAUAAAAAUAAGGGUAUAGUCAAAACCAAGGCAUUAGCCCGUUCAUUCAUUUGGUGGCCCAAAAUCGAUAGAGACAUUGAAGAUUUAAUUAAAUCAUGUCACGCAUGCAGAUUACAACAGCCCAGUCCAGAAAAAAGUGCAUUGAUUCCAUGGAACGCAGCGGAUCAUGCAUGGUCAAGAAUUCACAUUGAUUAUGCAGGUCCAAUUCACGGAUAUUAUUUGCUAAUAAUUGUUGAUUCUUUUUCAAAAUGGAUUGAGGUGUUUAAAACAAAAACGAUUACAUCGGCAUGCACUAUCAAAUUUCUGAGAGAAACAUUUUGUAGAUACGGUUUACCCGAUAUAAUUGUCAGUGACAACGGAAGGCAAUUUACGUCAAAUGAAUUCGCGGAAUUUAUUAAAAAUAAUCAUAUCAAACAUAUUUUUACUGCACCUGGCCAUCCGGCUACAAAUGGCCAAGCAGAAAAUUCCGUAAAAACAGUAAAAAAGUCACUCUUAGCCAACUUGGAAGACAAAAAACCAAUCGAUUUCGAUUAUUUUUUGAAUAUAUUUCUAUUCGAUUACCGCAUUAGUGUGCAUUGCACCACGGGAGUUUCUCCAUCACAAGUCAUGUUAAACCGAACAUUAAAAUCACGUUUUACAUUGUUGAAACCACCUUUGGUAAAGGAAAGCAUUGUUGAAGCCCAAAAGAAAAAUAUAUCGAAUUUUCGAGGUAAAAGAGAAGUAGCAUUUGAGAUUGGUGAUAAAGUAUACAUUCGUGACUAUACCAAUCCCAACAAGCCAAGCUGGACACCAGCGAAAAUUAAAGAAAAAUUUGGUCCUCGAAAUUAUGGUUGCGUAAUUACUCAAAACGGGAGAGAAAUAAAAAGGCAUUUGAAUCAAAUUCGUGAAAUAAGCACAAGUCAAGAUGUUACACCUGAAUUGAGUACAGCGGCCAUCAAACAGGAGACUCAGCAAACACGAGAACAUACGAAUUUAAGGAGAAGUACUCCCGAUACAAUAGAUGUUCACGCAGUGCCAUCGAAAGGGGAAGAGGUAGUUAAACCAGUCAACGAUGCACUUGAUUCGAACGAAGACGAUUUAAACGAAAAAGUUAUUGAAAAAACUCGCAACGUUCCAUCAUCAAGUCGACCAAUUCGAGAGACUGCAAGCAUUGCAAAAGCGAGCAUUGCUGAUCAAUAUCGAAGUAAUUUAGUCUAA